GACACCAUCUCCAAGGAAGACUGGGUCAAUGAUCAGGAUUCAAAGUGUCCAGGGAUCAAGUCCUCCUCCCAACUGUAGAGAUUCACUAAGCAAAAGGCACCUCGCCACAUCUUUGCAUUUACUUACUUGUGUACAGGUAUGUCUUUCUCCAGGAGACCGUAAGCAACUAGAGGGGAGGAGCUGUGCUGUUUUGCAUCUGCAUCCCUGGCAUCCAGCACGUUACCUUAGAGCUUUUUACUUUGAAAGGGAGAGAUGGGUGUUUGUGGCAGUCCAGGACUCUCAUUUCAACCAUAUAGGGAAUUCCUGGUAUGGAAAUUCUCUCCACUGAUGCAGUUUACAGCUCUGGAUUUCGGUAACUAUAGCAACUAUAGCAAUGAGCUGCCUGGGUCCUGGGAUGACUACAUCUGCCCCGAGGUCCAUGGCUGGGAAGACCAGCUGAGCUUCAAGGCGAUUUUUCUGCUGGUGGCCUAUAGUGCCAUCUUCCUCCUGGGCAUGAUGGGCAAUGCCUUGGUGCUGGUGAUUCUCAAGAGCCAUCAGACUGCCCGAAGUUCCACUGAGACCUUCCUGCUCCACCUGGCUGUAGCGGACCUCCUCCUCGUGCUCACCCUGCCUUUUGCUGUGACCGAGGGAGCCGUGGGCUGGGUGCUCGGGGCCUUCCUCUGUAAGGCCGUGAGUGCCCUUCACAAAAUCAAUUUCUACUGCAGCAGCCUACUCCUGGCUUGCAUUGCUGUGGACCGCUACCUGGCCAUCGUUCAUGCUGUCCACACCUACCGCCAUCGUCGCCUCUUCUUGGUCCAUAUCACCUGCGGUGUUGUUUGGCUGGCUAGCUUUCUCUGUGCCCUGCCUGAGCUCCUGUUUGUGACAGUCAGCAAAAUUGGCAUCAAUGAUUCUGCUGCCUGCAGUUUCUCUGGCCAAGGCCUGGCAGGCAGCAAUGCAUGGCUCACCUCACGUUUUCUAUACCACGUAGGGGGCUUUCUCAUCCCUCUGCUGGUGAUGGCCUGGUGCUACACAGGGGUAGUGAGGCGCCUGUGCCAGGCCCAGCGACGACACCAGCGGCAGAAAGCAGUCAAGGUAGCCAUUCUGGUGACAGGAGUUUUUUUUUUCUGCUGGUCCCCUUAUAAUGUGGUCAUAUUCCUGGACACACUAGUGAUGCUAGAUGCUGUGCCCAAGUCCUGCCAACUGGAUGACCACUUGGCAACGGCUAUCACCACAUGUGAGUUCUUGGGCCUGGCUCACUGCUGUCUCAACCCUGUGCUUUAUACCUUCGUGGGUGUAAAGUUCAGAAGUGACCUAAUUCGCCUCCUGGGGAAGCUGGGCUGUGUGGGCCCUGCUGCCCUCCACCGAUUCGUCCCCAGUUGGCGUAAGGGUAGCAGCUCAGAAUCAGAGAAUGCUACCUCUAUCACCACCUUCUAGGGCUCAACCGUUUCUCUCCCCUUCCAAGAGUGGAAAGGGAUCCCAGUCCCUUCUGGACCCUGUAGAUAAGGAUCUGCCUUGGAGUCUGAUUAUCACUCUGGACAAGUACCCCCGAAGAUGAUUUUUAUGGGGAUAAGAGAUUUGGACAAACUGGACAAACCCUUCUCUUUAAGGGACAUCUCCAUCCGUUGCCCUUCCAGAUCUGGGACUAAGGGCUGGGCCUGGGGUGGGGACAUAUGAACAGAGGCCAAAGCUUGAAAAGGCCUGGUUUGCUGAGCUUGGUGUGAGGGAAAGACCGUCACAUAGCCUCCUAGGUCUUCAGGGAUAAACUCUCCAGUGAAGCCUAGAAAAAGGCUCAGGAUGAUACUGUCACUUUUAUUCUCUCCAUCCUAGAAUACUGUAGCCCUGGUCACACUCCACCUCCUAAGUGGAAAAUAAUUUUUAGUAUUUUGGGGGAGUUCACCCUGGGUCUUGUCCCUGUGGAUCACAAACUGGAGCCUGGAGACUAUUGGGUUAAAGGUUCCAGUUGAGGUGAAUCCACCUGUUAUCUGGGCAGAGACUUUUCCACAUCUGCCUUGCUUCUCCCCCACCCCCACCCUGUCCAUCUGCUUAAUUCCUUCAGCUCUACUCACUUUGGCCCGUUUCACAACCCUGCCAUCUGAGGGCCCUACUCAAGCUAACAGGAAGCUCAGAUUGACCCAGUUCAGGCACCUGGAGGCCUGGCUGAAGGCGCUUUUGGUCUUGACCACAGGCACCCCCAAAUCCUCCCAGGCUCAGCUGAGUCCAGGCCCAGAUAGUGCUUUGUGAAGGUUCAAGGUUAGGAUCCUGAUGUUGGCCAGAAAAACGAGGAAUGUCUCAGGCCAGGUAUGAGGGAGACAGUUCUGAUAACCAGAAUGCAACUGUUGUCUUUGUAUCCGUGGAGGUGGGGAUUGAGUCUAGGUUUAGACCCAUGCUUGGGGCAGGGAGGGAAGUUGUUCAGGGGUCUUCCACAAACAGGAACAGACUUUGAAUACCUGCUGCUCUCUACCCAAAGGACAUAUUCUGUUCCACGCUGCAAUUUAGGGAAAACCCCUUACCUCCCAGAAUAGGGACAUAUUCAGGAGACUGUCCUGACCUCAGAGAAGGGGAUACAGCCCACCAGAGAUGAGCAAUACAACUCUGUAGGGCCCAGGAAUUAGAGGCUCAUCCAGAAGGGACAAGACCAGGAGAGAGAGUCCACUGGAAGGGCCUUCUGGAGGCAUCUGAUCAGACCAGUGUCUGACCAAUCCCCUUCCCAAGCAUCACAAAACUAGGGAUCCUGAGUACCCAGCUGGGUGAUUCUCUGAGUCACCCAUUAGACUGUAAACUCCUUGAGGGCAGAGUGGUUUUUGCCUUCUUUUGUACCCCCAGUGAUUAAUGUAGUGCCCGGUAUAUAGCAGGCAUGUAAUAAAUGUUUAUGAUGGAUUGAUAUGCCUAACAUGAAAUAGUUCCUGGAUUGGCAUCUCCUCAAAGCACCAUGCCCAGAGUUACUGGUAUCUAGAAGGGAGAUUCAAAUUUCAAGUGGAGAAUGAGGGCACAGAGUGCUCUAGCCCCCCAGGACCAAGUGUAUCUCUGGUAAGGGAAGUGAGGUGGGGGAAGGGACAGGAUGGGGCCCCAGCACCAAACUCUGGGAGGGAAGUCCCCAAACCCCUAAGGAAGCAGCAGUCCACUCUUCUCUGAGGGGCCUGCUCAGAUGGAACCAGAGGAAGCUACUUCUCGCUCAGAGGGGCCCAGCUUGACCAGCCACCCCAAGGCCCUGCUCCAGCCCUCAUACCCCUUCAGCCUUGGAGACAGGGGCUGGCAAGCCUGGAUCUGUUGGACAACCCCAGAUCAACACCCUCUACCUCUGGACAACCAAGACCCAAUAAAAAAGCUACCCCUUCAGGACCUGACUGAUGGGGCAGAAAAGGUCAGGGCUCCUUACCAGACCCAGCAGGAGGCCUCGAGCCAUCCUUCCUAGCCCAAACAGCAGGGCAGAGAAUGGAUCCAUCAGACACAAAGGCACAAGGCAAGAGGUUGGUUUUUGAAGUUUUUCUUUUUAAUAAAAAGGCACCUAUAAAACAGGUCAAUACAGUACAGGCAGCACAGAGACCCCCGAAACAAGCCUAAAAAUUGUUUCAAAAUAAAAACCAAGAAGAUGUCUUCACAUAUUGUA